AGGUUGAAUACUUCCCUAAACUUUUAACCCAAGAGAUAAAUCACACCAGAAGAAGAAAAAGGCUGGAUUUUUUCUUCAUUUCUCACACGAAGCAGAUGGGAAGCAGGAGGCUGCUCCCCAAUCUCCUCCGGCGCCUGCCCAAACCCGCCGGUCUCUCCUCCCAAAUCCGCCAAAGAUGCCACUUUUCCAGCAAAUCGGGCCAGGAUGCGGCGGAAACUGCCGCCGCCGACCCAGGCCGCGCGGCGUCGCUCCUGGCCGAGCGGGACUGGUUCGCGCGGCUCAACUUGGAGUUCGCUGCUACCCUCCAGCACCUGGGCCCGCGCUUCGUCGUCCGCGCGCUGCAGCACGCCGCCGCCGCCGCAUCGGAGCCGCUCCUCUGCGUGCGCCUCUACGUCUGGGCGUCGCGGUUCGGGCGCCACGUCGCGCGUGACCGCUCCGUGCGGCGCGCGCUCGGGGACGUCCUGUGGCGGCGCGGGCCCGUGGUGCUCUCGGCUGCGCUGGUCGCCGAGGUGAAGGGGUGUGGGUGCGAGGUCUCCGAGGAGCUGCUAUGCGCGCUGAUCGAGAGCUGGGGCAGGCUCGGCCUGGCACACUAUGCGCACGAGGUGUUCGUGCAUAUGCCGCGCCUGGGGCUGCGGCCCAGCACGGCGGUCUACAACGCGGUGAUCGCGGCCUCUGUAAGGGCCGGCGCGGUGGACACGGCGUACCUCAGGUUCCAGCAGAUGCCCGCGGACGGGUGCCAGCCGGACUGCUUCACGUACAACGCGCUCGUGCACGGCGUCUGCCGGCGUGGGAUUGUCGACGAGGCGCUCCGUCUGGUGAAGCAGAUGGAGGGCGCGGGGAUUAGGCCGAAUGUUUUCACCUACACGAUGCUGGUUGAUGGGUUCUUCAAUGCCGGCAGGGCGGAAGAUGCGGUUCGUGUGUUGGAGAGGAUGAAGGAGAAGGGUGUGGCGCCGACUGAGGCCACGUACAGGACGCUGGUUCACGGUGCGUUUCGGUGUUUGGGGAAAGACAGGGCACACAGGAUGAUGAGUGAGUGGCUUGAGACUGAUCAUGCUCUGCAUUCAAGUGCGUGUCAAACUUUGCUGUACUGUCUCUCGAAGAACGACAUGGCCAAAGAGGCGGUGGAACUUGUGAAGAAGAUGGGCAAUAGGGGUUAUCGCCUUGACAACACAAUGUUUGGCAUUGUGAUCUCUUGUGCUGUGAAAUGCUUGGAGCUGAUUGAUCUAUGUGAGUUGUUUGAUGAUUUCAUCAAGAAAGGCCAGAAUCUGGGAUUUGAUAUGUAUAUUAUCAUCAUCAACUCCUUGUUGAACUGCAAGGAUAUCUCAAAGGCAAACAAGUAUUUGAGUCAGAUGGUUUUGGAUGGGCUCUUGUCUAGUGUGACAUCCUACAACAUGCUGAUAGAUUGCCUCGCCAAGGCAGGUGAGAUGGAAAUGGCAAUGGAGAUUGUCAAAGUGAUGCAAGAGUCAGGUUUCUUUCCUAAUCUCGUGACUUUUAACACGCUGAUAAGUGGAUUUUCAAAAUUGUGCAAUGUACAUGAGGCAAAGGCUGUUCUUAAGAUGCUUAUGGAACACGGGCUCAUGCCAGAUAUCAUUACUUUUACCUCCCUUAUUGAUGGGCUUUGUCAGACCCAUCAGCUGGAUGAUGCUUUCGGUUGCUUCAAUGAGAUGUCAGAGUGGGGUGUUAGGGCGAAUGUACAGACUUACAAUGUUCUAAUACGUGCAUUUUGUUCAGCAGGUCAUGUUAACAAGGCCAUCGAUCUUCUUAGUAAAAUGAAAAUGGAUGGCAUUACCCCCGAUGCAUAUUCCUUCAAUGCACCUAUUUUGAGUUUUUGCAGGAUGAGAAAAAUAGAUAAAGCUCACAAUCUUUUUAAUGCCAUGUUAAGAUGUGGUGUGGCUCCAGACAGUUACACAUACAAUGCCCUGAUAAAAGCUCUAUGUGACGAAAGAAGAGUUGAUGAAGCUAAAGAAAUUCUUCUUGCAAUGGAGUCCAGUGCCAGCAUUGUCACUAAUCAACAUACAUAUUGGCCAGUUGUUGGUGCACUUGCUAAAAUGGGUCGUUUCAGCGAGGCAGGAGAGUUCAUGAACAAGUUCCAUAGAAGAAAUGCUCACUUAGGCUCCAGUUCUAAUCUGAGGGCAGGAUCAGAAAUUUUGGUUCAGACUGUCAAUACGUGAAUUAUGAUUUAUCUGCCACAUGCUAUUUGAUACAUGAAUGCUGCCCUCUCCUGCAGUGAACAGUGCAAAGAUAGCCUCAUCUUUGCUAGCGCUAAGUGUUGGUCGCAAGUGAAGUGUUUGGACCUUCUCAGUGCCUUCAAGAAUUUGGCUCACCGGCAUGGAUUGCAUUUCAAGGAUGCUAUGGAUUUGUGCUUUUCCCUCUGAAAACCUUUUCAGAGCAAAUCGGAAUGUUUCUUUUAGCUUCUUUUACCUACUUUGUUACAAUGUGACUACAUAAAGUGAUAAACUUUUGGCGAAUCCAUAGAUGCUUUCAACAUGUGAAUGCUCUCAAGAGAAAUUCCAGAAGCUUAGAAAAAGUUAUUGACUGUGUUCUUGGUUUUAUUUGUACUUGAUUUUCAGUGAAGUAUGAACAUUCAAAACCAAAAAAAUGAAAGCGGGGAAUUUGUCUCAGUAAAUAGUUGCCUUUGGGAUAUGAAUGGAUCACGAUGUCUAUAUGUUGUCUGGUAGUAGUUUCUAAGUAAACCUGUAAUACCAAUUGCAGCGUUUUUCUACGAAAGCAGCCUAGGGAGAUCAAUUCUGCUGUUUGGAAUUUUCUUUUUGUAUCUUCGUUUGCCUUGACGAUUGCCCACCAUCUUGUAGUCUGGUUAUUCAACAGUAACUUUGACAGGUGCUCUCAAGGCCUUUGUUGCUUCUCAAGUGGUUCGAACUGCAGCUCGUGCACGUCACAGUCGGUAUUUUAGUCAGGGGAGCUCUUUGCCGUCAGUGGUGCAAUCCCUUCACAGUGGCUGAGACCUAAUGGGACCUUGCGUUCCUGUAAUGGCGUGGUCAAGUUGAGUUGAGUUGCUCUCGUCAGGGCAAAGAAUAAUGAAGCUGCUUUGCUCUUGUAUGUUUUUUUUUUCAUGUGUUCCCGUCAUGCGAUUGACAAAAUGUGAAAGAAACAGAGCAGGCAUGUGUUCCCGUCAUGGUCAUGAAGUGGAAGAUAUUUAUUCAGGCAUACCGAACUAGUUAC